GUUCCAACAGAGGAAGUGAUGCGCCUAGUACAGGCACUGGAUAGUCGGCCAGAUUUCAGGCCCCACAUCAUAAGCGGGCGCGGCUCGCAGUUUCUGGAAGCUCAUUUCGGAAGCUUGAGGAAUUUUACCCUGAUUGCCGAGCAUGGAUACCACAUCUCACCACCGAUGGCAGAUGGCGAGUGCCGGAAGUGGGAACUUCGAGAGCAUUUUGGUGGCGACGCAAACCACUUCACUGAGCACAAAAACUGGAAAGCAACGCUGCGUGAAGCUAUGUCUCGCUUGGCAGAGCAGAACGCCGGUAGCCAUGUUGAGGAGAAGCAGACUUCUCUGGUGUGGCAUUACCGACAGCUGGCAGAUGAGGCCACGGCAGACAUUGCUGUGGCGAAGGCUUACGAGGGCCUGCAGCAGCUGUGCAAGCGUGAGCGAUUGCAGGACAUCAACCUCUCGAAGGGCCACAAGGUCUUGGAGGCAUCCUACCGCAACGUCCGGAAAGGUCUUGUAAUGAGACGAUUGUGCGAGGAGAAGGCUUUGUUUGGUGA